AUGGGUUCCAUUCCAGCUGUGCUCCAUACGGGCAUGACCCAUCUCGUGAAGAUUCACCCUGCCAUCCCUGAUGACAUACCUACGCUAGCUGAGAUCAACUGGCAAGCGUAUAGAACAGACCCGAUGUUCAAAGUGGGGUUUGUCAAUUGGCCAGAUGAUGAGCAUAUGAAGCCAUUCUUCUAUGGACGAGUCAAGGGGAGGUUUGAGAUCCCAAAAACUGUCAUGUACAAGGCUGUAGGGGAGGCAGAUGGAGUGAUUCAUGGAUUCAUCGCCUUGACCGAAGAGGAGGAUAAGAAACAGGAGGAGGGGGAGGUGAGGGAGGCGGAAGAUGGAGCCAAUGAGGAUAUCAAACAGGAGGUUCAAAUGCAGAAUGGAUCCUCAGACGAGCCCCGACACAGUGCACAGAUUUCCGAUACGCCGUCUACCACCGCCGCCACGCCCGAUUCUCUCACCACAUUGCGACCCACGAUCAACAUCAACGAGUUGUCCAAAAAUACCGGCACGGCUGAAUAUUUCAAAGCUCAGAACAACAGCCAUGAGUUCACCUUGCCGGACUAUCUCAACGCGGAGAUGAUGCUGUCUACGAGGGAUGGCAUCAUGCCGAUGAUGAAUGCGAUAGCCAAGUCGGGGAAGCAUUACUAUAUCUCAGCAUUCGCCGUCAGACCGGAAUCGCAAGGUCAAGGAAUCGGCUCGAACCUCAUAGACCACUGUAUCAAGGUGGUCGAAAAGGAUCCUUCCAAGAUCCCCAUCUGGCUCAUCGCUCUACCUUCAUCGCAUCAUCUAUGCCUCACGCAUGGCUUCGUAGACAAAGAUCACUGUGAUAUGGAUCUUGACAAGUAUGAUGCGCAGAGGAGACAACUAGGCGUCUAUCGCCAAUGGGCCAUGCGUCGGGAAACGGUGUAA